CAACUGUUGAGCCGGUUGAGGGAAUUACACGUCUUUCCAACUGAAAAGGUGACAGCCAGGUAGAGAGACCAAUUGGAUUACGUUGGGACAUUCCAAGAAUAACGAACCCAUCUGGAGGUGUAGACUAACUUGCAAUGAAGCCAUGCUUAUAAAAGCCGCCAUCGUGCUUGCCCUCCAUGUGACGACAGCAGUUGCAGGAAAUGUUGGUGCAGCUCAGGCACAGCUUCUCGGAGACCUGUUCACGACUUACGAGAAGGAUGUGCGGCCUAUCUGUGACACCGACGUGGCGCUUGACGUCUAUGUUGGUCUCGCUAUCAGACAGAUCAUUGAACUGGACGAGCCGAAACAGAUAUUGUAUGUGAACGCUUGGGUCAGGCUGAGAUGGUUUGAUUGUCAUUUGCAAUGGAACGCGAGCGACUACAAAGAUAUCGACAAUUUAAUCGUCCCAUUCAACAAAGUAUGGAUCCCAGAUAUCACACUGUAUGACAAUGCAGGGGACGGGCUUGAGGGCAGCAAAGAUUACCUUGUCAGCGUAAGCAACACAGGUGUCUGUCGCUACCUAUAUCCUACUGUCAUCAGAGUUUUGUGCAAAAUUGAUGUCACGUACUUUCCGUUCGACACACAGGCAUGUCCUCUCAAGUUUGGUUCUUGGUCCCAUAACGGUUUUGAACUAAACGUGGUGAACAGCAGCAAUGCUGGGGACAUCUCAUCGUUCGUGGAGAACACUGAAUGGGACAUGUUGAGCCUCCCUGUUAAGCACAACAUUGAAUACUACAAAUGCUGUCCAGAGCCGUACCCGGAUGUGACUUUUACGGUGACCAUCAAGAGGAAGCCUAUGUUCUACGUACUCAAUCUCCUGUUUCCCUGUGUGCUCAUCACAGCAGUGGCCCUUCUAGGUUUCUUGCUACCGCCAGACGCCGGAGAAAAGGUGUCUUUAGAGAUUACCGUUCUGCUCUCCCUUGCUGUGUUUCUUUUGGUGGUCUCCGAAACGCUUCCUGCGUCAUCAGAAAACUUCCCCUAUAUCGGUAGACCUGUCCCUAACUGGAUGAGGACGGUUGUGUUCCACUGGCUGGGACGCGUUAUGCUGGUAGAGAGGGACAGCUGCACCAUUUUCCCAGAAUCAUACUCGGAAGUCAAGGCGCCCAACAAGAAUGGCGCGUCUAAUGAAGCUUUCCAAGGAGAAACGUACAGCAACGGAUACCAGGGGUUUAACGGCAAGAACCACAUUCACAGCAGCAACAAUGGUGGGAUUCCUCUGGGGGAAGAGUUCUCAGAGGAAACCACAAGCCCUACCCCCGACCACAGACCCCACAGAAUAACUCCCAUAACGCCGCUGUCUGGCGAGGUCCCUGCAUCCUUUGCUCCUUUUGCGGAAGUUCUCAAACAGCAGCUGGCCAUCAUGGAGAAAGAGGAUGCUCGCAAAGAAAGCAAACUUCGCCAUGACCAUCUAGCUUCGGAGUGGAAAAAAGUGGGCAUCAUCAUGGAUCGUUUUUUUCUUGCCAUCUUCGCUAUUGUGUUGUUCAUCAGUUCCGUUGUGAUACUGGUACAGUUAGGGGCGUCGUGACCGGUCUCGCUGGUAUAACCGAGGUGUUUGAUGACUGCGCGGAGCAAAACACUGAUAUUAUUAUGUGCUGUUGGCUAGUUCCAAAUACAGAGGGAUCUGUUUGCUAACCUUGCAAUAACAAGAACUACUGUCAAGAGACAUUCUUUUGGAUGCUAAUACCUCUGCAACCAAAACUCUUUCUCCAUCCCAAACAGGCA